CCAUUAUACGCGGCAUUUGAUAAACGAACGUCUCACAUGCCACGUUUUUCACUGACCACUUAUCGAAAGUAACAUAACGGAACGACACAGCUCCCUCCGAAGACGCGAGCUGGACAUGACAAAAAUCUGGAUUAUGACGUGGUUUCUCUUCUUUACGGAUUUCAACACAGCAGAGGAAGACUUGUUCUUCAAUAUAUGCCUGUACACUGAGGAGCAGCUCCAGUACUUCAUGAACUGUAUUCAUGACCGUGCAACGAAAAAAGUCGUCGAAGUGUGGGCCAGCCACAAAGCCAAUUUUGGUGGACUCGAGGAGUGGGAGCUCAUAACUAUGCUCUGCAAGGCAGCAGUCGACGCAGGUGACGCCUUGUACGAAGAAUUUGCCGAGCUGCUACCGGCCGACGAGAAGCCUGCCCUCGAGAACACAAAGACGCAGUGCUCACUGGAAACAAGGCGCAAGUAUUAUGGAUACUGACCUAACAGCUGGCCGGAUACGAUGCGAGUUCCUGCAAGAGCCCGAUGGGCUUCUGGUUAAUUGUCAAUAAAUAUUUUGCACUCAACCGGUGAGAAAUGUGUCGCGCUUUCUUCUAUUAUUAUACAACACAAAUUAGAAUCUUCACGACAACAUUCUUCACGGCCGCACUUUUACCGCAGUCUUUUGUUAUCCUGAGCAACCUGCAGCCUCUUAUGGAAAUGCGUUAUGAACGUGCUUCCUUUCGAAC